AUGCGCUGCACAAAAAACAGCCCUUUUGUCUCGAUUAACGGGAUUACUCGGUGCCUGAACGUCCUGGAGUGCGUGAAAAACAAUCCCCUUCUCCUGCGGGAGGUACUCGCCAACAUACGCGAAAGCCGGGAUCUGGUUCCUCCGAUUAUGAGAGUCCUCACAGCGGAGGAAACAUCGAGAAAGCACGGCGUAAAGAAGAUUCUCCCGAUGCUUCUUGCCGUUUGGGCUGCAAUUCCGGAGAUUUCCGACCCCCAGAAGGUCCUUCUCUACUUGGAGGCUUCUUCUGGGCAGGAAAACUCCCUUGUGAGGACUCUCCUUCUGAAGACGCUUUUAGCUCUAGUGAGAACGGGACGGGUAGAUUCAGGUUCUGCUCUGGAGGCAGUUGAGCCCUUUCUCUUUAAGGGAUCGGUUGAAGAGGACUAUUUGUGUCUUUGCAUUUUAAACGGUAUUUUGGCUGCUUUCCCGGGGAGUUCCUCCAGAGUUCGGGACCUUCUCGAAGCACUUCCCUCUCCGGCUCCUCUCUGCCACACUCCGGAGCUUAUGCAGCUCUCCCUUCGCGCGGGGUUCUCUUUUGUCGCUCCUCUCGAGGCUUUUAGCCCGGAGAAUACGGCACUGUAUACACGCACUUUGGGAACUUUCCUGAUGCUUUCCGGGGAGUUUGAGAAGUCUCGGCUCUUCCAGGUCCUUCCGGAGAUGACCUGCGAGCUGAAGGAGAAAGUCGCAAAGUUCAUACAGAAGGAGGUAUUCUCCGCGGACUACAGGAUAAAGCACGACAGGAAAGCUCCUUUCUCGCACGGGUCCAUCCUGCACCGAGUCAAGGAGAUUCUGGGGAGUCCUGGGGACCCGAAAGACGUCGUGCGCCUUCUGAGGGCUCUCCUGAAAGUGCCUGAAUAA